UAUAUAUAUUUUUAAUAUUUUUAUAUUUAAAAAAGCACCUAAUUAUUUGGGAUUGUCUGACAUCACAAGCGAUCCAUCUUUGCAAACUAAAGGAUAGUUCAGAUGUUGCAAUAAAUGGAAGUUGAAAUUUAACCAGCUACUCUUUCACUAAGAGAGUAACUUAUCUUCUCCUGCAAAUGGCCCCAGAACAAUACUCUCCCCCCCCCCACUUUUUAAUUCCUGCAAACAUCAGUGUGAGUCAUGAGAAGGUGGGGAGUGGCUGAAAGCUAUCCCUGAAACUAGCAGCAUAAAAGAAUGUCUCCAGUGUGACUAUAAACCAAGAGGUAAGAGAGCAAGGGUUAAUAACCAGCGUUUCCCAAUUUGUAGCAUUACCUGAAUAGCUUUUACUUGUUUACCAUUAUGAUUGCUAGGUUUUAUGGUACAAUAAAGAUACAGAAGCUCUUCAGACAUUUUCAAAUCUCUUCAUUCUCUUUUUUAAAAAGGUUACAUAGUACUACCGGUAGCAGCGCUGUUGUUAGACAAUUUUUAAAAAACAAAAACAAAAAAACCUGUGUACCAACUGGUUAAAUACUGUUAUAUUUUGGUUGAUUUGAGGAACAAUUCCAUGCCUCAGUUAUACUGGCUGUGGGAUGACACAUUUUGGCAGAAGCCUUGCUACAGUAGCAGGACAGGAAAUAUACCACUGCCGUGACAGAUAAUACCAACAGAAUGUUCUGCCAGUAAAUAUGUGGUAGUGGGAUGGGCAAAACAAAAGUGGAGUAGUGAGCAGAGGCAAUGCUGGGGGAGUAGCCUGUAUCUAUGAUGUAUCCUGUACUCAGACCACGACUGCGCCUUUGUAGACCAUUCGGCUUUACAUCACCACCAUAACCGGAGCAAUUGAUCUCCUUCUCAUCUACUAGUGGGGGACAAAGAUAGCCAUCGAUGUUCAGUCCACUCAUGUUGCUGCAACCAAGCAUAGAAUAUGGUGUAACUUGGUGCCCAACUGCUGCACACCAGUACGGGGAGCCCACAACUUGGAUAUUAGAGCACGGGGCCUAUAUCUCUCCAGCCCCAUGUUGUGCACAUUUUGGAGGGGGCACUUUAAAUAAAAUGGGAGCACUUCACAAAAAGCAGCCUGCCUGCAGAACACUCAGUGGAGCUUGAGCACGUUGCAAUAAUAUUUCUGUCUAGAACCCCUACAGGUACCUUGCCAUGGGACUUCACAUGCAAACACUGCAACAGCAAUUGUCAUUCCACUCCAACUGGGAAUACCAGGAUAGAGUACCCAACACAGGUAAGCAAAGGAAAGGGGGAAUCAUGCUACAUUGUCUUAACUGCUUAAACUGUCACUUAUGCCCACACACUUUGCAAUAUGGGAAUACUAUGUCUUACCUAAGCUGUAUUUUUCUAAUGUGUCCCUCACAACAGUGGGAAGCCAUUUCCCCUAUAGACAAUGGUGGUACUCAUUGCCACACACAAGUUAUCUAUUGACAAAGGCAAGGCACUGUGCUUUAGCUAUUACUAUUGUUGGUCAAAUACUCAUGAGCACUCUUGCCUUGCAGGAUCACAGCUCACCUGCAUGAAGUAAAUCAAGCUGUCACUAUAGACACUGAGUUUCACUGCAAUUCUAAAUGGGUGUGUAUACUCACAAGUACUGCACAUCCAUUCAGGAACUAUGUGCUCCAAUUGCUGACUUUUCCUUAUUACUUUCUGUGUCUUCUAUUACCUUCCACAGGACAGUCUCCCACGUACAGGAUCCAUCCUGCUCCCUGCUGUUUGCAGGCCAUUAGAGACGUCCAUCUCAUGAGCAACAGCAAUGACCAGACUCCUGGUUUUUCCUUUGUAAGGUUGCCCCAGAGAGGCUCCUGCAUCCCUGUAAGCUGACAUACAGUUAUGCAACAAGUGAAGAAGCUUCUACCUUGGAGCUGGUGCCAUAAGCAACAGUGUACUGUCUGUUAAGCCAAUUUCCAAGACCCAGGAACCCUACUGGAUUGACUCCCCUACGCUUGAAUUUUUCUCGUUCAGGAUCUCGUCUAUUCUGGAUGCUAUUCAAUAAAAGCUAUGACUUUGUGAUGAGUGGCAUUUUUUGUUGCUAGUGAGUAGGAGAUAGGGAUCACUUUGCCUUUUGUAGUAUGACAUUGCUUCAGCUGACCUCGGAACAUGACUCAUGGGCUUGAGCAUUUGAUGGGCUUUCAGGGGCAGUGGUCCUCUAUCCACUGCUUGCUGACUCUAGUCUGGACUACAAGAGGCACACAAAUGGAAUGAGUGCUGUUGUCAGAGUGCAUGAGGCAGUCUCCUGUUAUGGCUGAGUGGUUAGGACAGUGUUCUGUGUCGCUUGCAGUGUGGAUGCAAGUCUUUGGAGCUCCUCCUUUGCCCUUGACAUGACUGGCUUUGGGAGGCAUUCCCCCUUCUCCCCAGUGUGUCUUGAAAAUCUACCACCUGCUUCCCAACUUCAUGCCACUUGCAGUGAACCACUGGAAGUUGCUGCCUUCUGUGUCUAUGGCUGUACUUUGUGUGUCCAGUGUUCUUUUUUGAUGGCUAGGCAAAGGGUGUUUUCUUCCAUGGGUUUUGUCUGAUGUCUUCAAUUCAGAGCUCCCUAUCAGUGAACUACAGGUGAAACUCGAAAAAUUAGAAUAUCAUUGAAAAGUUCAUUUAUUUCAGUAAUGCAACUUAAAAGGUGAAACCAGUAUGUGAGAUAGACGCUUGACAUGCAAAGCAAGAUAUGUCAAGCCUUUAUUUGUUGUAAUUGUGAUGAUUACUGCGUAAAGCUGAAGUAAACCCCAAAUUCACAAUCUCAGAAAAUUAGAAUAGUGUUUAGCUACUCAAUCCAUAACACCUGCAAAGGUUCCUGAGCCUUUAAAUGGUCUCUCCGUCUGCUUCAGUAGGAAUCACAAUCAUGAGAAAGGCUGCUGACCUGACAGUUGUGCAGAAAGCCAUCAUUGAGAUUCUCCAUAAGGAGGGAAAGCCUCAAAAGGUUAUUGCAAAAGAAGUUAGAUGUUCCCAAAGUGUUGUAUCAAAGCACAUUAAUGGAAAGUUACAUGGAAGGGGAAAGUGUUGAAGAAAAAGUUCCACAAGCAGCAGGGAUGACCGCAGCCUGCAGAGGAUUGUCAGGAAAAGACCAUUCAAACGUGUUGGGGACUUUCACAAGGAGUGGACUGAGGCUGGAGUUAGUGCAUCAAGAGCCACCACACACAGACAGAUCCUGAAGAUGGGCUUCAAAUGUCGUAUUCCUCUUGUCAAGUCGCUCCUGAACAAGAAACUAUGUCAGAAGUGUCUUGAAGCGUUCAUGUUGGGAAGAGGUCUGAAACGCAAGCUGAGUGAUUAUGAAGAGAACAUGGCAGGUGUGUCAAGUGCCUUUGAUUCCAGCCGAAACCUGCCAUAUCCACUCAAGAGGCAGCUGGUGCUCAAUGUGUGCCUCACCAAACUACAGACCUACAAGAUGCUGGCAGAGCCAAACCUGCACCGCUCUGUCCUUAUCGCCAACACAGUCAGGCAAAUCCAGGAGGAGAUGAGGCAAGAAAAUAGCCAGCAGUUCAUUCAUAUGUGCAGUGGCUUCAGCACCAGCUCUUCCAGUUACCUGGGCUUGGAUUUGUUUGGAAUGCCGUCUCACAUUUCCCCAGGCGUUCAUCAGCAGGAGUCCAACGGUCGUGAGCCACGGCCUGUGGAAGGCCCAAUUGAGAACAACUUGCUGGUGGUUUCAGAUAAUGACAUGUCCUCUGCCAUUUCAUCUAUUCUGAAAGACUUGGACUUCAUGGAGGACGUGAGCCCACCUUCGUACCUGGCUGGAUCUGGAGAUGAUCAGUUUAAGACUUCUGAAACUUCAGGCUUUCGGUUGGAAGAUGACAGACAAGACUUGAAGGGAGUGGAAUGUGCGUUUGGUUCCUUCGAAAUUUCAAGCUCAACUAGCUACUUGAAAGACUUGGCUAUCGAUGACAUUUUUGAAGAUAUUGACACUUCGAUGUACGAUUCAGACUUUGACUGCCCCUCACUAACCCCUCCAAGAGCAUCGCCUAUGGCACGCACAGAAGAGAUGUUGAAAACCUUCUCUUCUUGCAAUUCCUCCUCAGCAAGCAACAUCCCGAUAUGUAGAAGUGAUCUCAGUGAUUUGGACCAUAUCAUGGAGAUUCUUGUAGGGUCUUGAUACUUUUUUAAAGUCCAAAGAUACUUUUUCCUAUGCUGCCACCCUAUGCUGGUUUGAAGAAAAAGCCACAGAGAGACGGAUUGAACUACAAAGUGUUACGUUGGAAUGGUAGUUAGACAUUAUUCUUAAGUGGUUCUCCAAAACUUAUAUAUAAACCAAAAAGUGGCAAGCUGUUAUAUAAAAUGGAGUAUUUAUUAAACCAAUUGUGCAAUUUUUUUAACCCUAGGGUAAAUGCAAGGAAUAUGUCCCUUGCACCUUUCCCUAGUCCCACAAAUCUCACUUUUUUAAAUGUGCAAUUUUUAAUCUGUCCGAAAAAUUUGCAUAACAGUAAUUUCCAUAAGGGGAAAACAUCUUCUAAAGUCUAAUGAUUCUAUUUUUAAUAUAAAAUGAGACACUUUGUUGACAUUCACUGGAGCUGCAUACUUGGAUUUGCAACCUCAGUAAAUACAAAUAUAUUUUUAAAGUAUUUAAAGGACUACAGGCCUCUUCCCUUUUGUUGAAGGAGUUUCAAGAUGCUUGGCAGCAAAAUGCCUUGCAUUUUGUAAAGCAUUUGAAACUAUUUAUUUUUGUAAAAUUUUAUAGCCUUUUUACAUUUUACUACAUUGCUCCAUCCUAGUUUAGAGAUAACAAAAGAGGCACGGCAAAGCACUGAUCUGGUUGGAUGGAGCUGGCACUACCUCUCUAAGCAGCAAUGCUGUAACUCUUUCCAGUGCUUUGUCUAAAACUGCAGAUUUUUUUUGUUUUCUUGGAUGGCGUUUGUGGUGGUAUAAACAAGAAACUUCUCAGCGUCAUGGCUGACUUCUGAAAUUUUAUGGUAUUUAAUUAUACACAUUUACAAAUGUAAUUUAUAUGUAGAUUAUCCGAUUUUAAACUUUGUCAGUAUUAUGUGCUUCAAUUUGGGAGUAAUAUGGGUUUUUUAAAUUUAGUAUUUACUGUACAGGUAGAACUAUUUUGACUCUUUGGAGAAUAUUGUAUCUCUGCAACACGAUUUCUAGAUUUUAUGUGCAAUAUACAUCACUUAAGCAGACCAUUUUUGCACACCUUGGAUUCUUAAAGAAGUGCAUCAAAUCCAAAUGGCAGGCACCAAUUCAAGAUACUAGAGGUGUCUGAAGUGUACUGUGUGCACUCUAUCUCCUGGCAACUUUGUCCUGUAGGACUUGGGUAGGGCGUGCCUAAGAGCACAGCUGUGGCCUAGCAAGAUUCCUUUUUGUGGGAGGAGGGGUGUUGCUUUGUUCAAAAUGCUAAUCAUAGAUUAUAUGCCUUUCAUGAUGGUUUUUAUCUUUUUUUGGAUGAAAAAUGCUAAUAGUCUGCACUGUCCAAAUUCCAAAUUUUAGGAAUUUGCACAGCAGUGAUCCCUACAAAUUGCAGAAGCAAAUUUUGACAUGUUGUAACAUAGGCCUGCCAUCAGCAUCCAGUAUGCAUGAAUGUGUCAGGACGCAUGCACCCCAUCGAUGCCUACCAGGACUAAAGCCUCUUCCAGCUUUCCUUUGGUGCUACUGAGCAGGCCUUUCCUGCAGUAGUGUUGUCGAUUGAAUAUGGAAAUUCAUUAGAUAUCUGUACCCACCUCAAUUUCUGUCCACUCCACCCAUUCAUCAUACCAAUCUAAGAACAGAUGGCGUCAAAGUAUCAAAAGCCAAAACCGGCCAUCCUCUUUGUCAUAGCUUCCAGACACAUUUCUAAAGGCAGAGCAGAUUGCAUUAGAAUUAGAGGACACACACACAAGAACUCUCAUAGGGAAUUCCUAUUACAUUUUUGGGAAAUGGAGGCUGGCAGCCCUCUCGCACUGGUUGGAGAUGAGCUGCCACUUGGUUCCAGUAGGAGAUACCCAAGCACCACAGGGAAAAGCAGGCCCAAAGCAGCAUAAGCCAACAUCAGUUCCUUGCCCUGUUGCUCGAACCACACUUGACUUGCUGGAAUCAUUGCUUCUCCCCUUCCCACCCAACUCCCAUUGAUGUUUUCCUAACCCCAGUAUUGGCAUGACAAUGAGUAUGUAUCUGCUGUGGAAGGUUUAUUCUGAGAGCAUACCAGCUCAACAAUGAUGCAUUUUGGGGAUGAAAGGCUCCAGACUGGGGCAAGAAUGUGGUUAGUUAUGGAACAACCAGCAUCACGGUAUGUCCCUAGCAUAAAUGCAUGAGGUAGUUCCACAGGUGAUGUGGAGAAAAUUAUCCAGAUGUGUCUCUUAUCAGUAAUAUUGCUAUUGUCAACCUUGUUUUCUAACUAUUUAUUUUAACUCUUUCAUUUUAUUGUUCAUGAGGAAUCCAUCAAGCUUCAGAUUUUUUUAUAAUGGAAACAGAACCUUGUUUAAUCUCAAAAUAAUUUAAACACUCUCAUCUUGGGUUCCAAAUAUUGGGAUGUUUUAGUCCUGACUCUCCUAAUAAUGGAACCAGAUCCUGCAACUAAUGCAGAAUGAAUCCUGUUUUGUUGCCCCAGUGCACAGCUUGGCAAGGAAAGUGUGUUUACAUGCACAACCCAUGCAAAUAGAUCUAUACCACAGCAGCAGAACCUUUGGCAAAAUGCUCUCAAUCUUUGAUGUAAAGGGAUUUGGGUAUAAAGAAUGUUCACAGAUUGUGCAGAAAUGCCUCUUUGUAUGUAUAAAUAUGAAUCUUGAAAAUGGUAAGGGCCUUCUGCACUGUGAUGAAGCAGAAUUGUGGUUAAAAGAAUAUUUUUUAAAAUUUCUGUGAUAAUAAAUAUUUCAUUCUAAGUUCUCAUCUAUGGAAGUAAUUCUUGGUUAAUUUGAAUAUUUGUGUGUACUUACAACUGUAUUCCUGUUUGUCCUUAGUUUUCUACUGAUACAUAAUGCCGGCAGGGCAAAUGAUCUGACUUGGGCAUGAGAGGUCCCUUUCCUAACCAAGAGAUACUGACUUGCACUGUGAGCAGCACAUUUUGUGGGUCUAACUACAUUACAGAUGUGUGAAGAAAGCACUGUUUUGUAAAGAAACAUGGCACUGAGGAGAGGACCACUACCUUUUAUCUGCUCCAAUUACCUCCAGCCACUUUUCCAGAGAAGGUUUUAGAGGUGCGUUAAACACAUUACAAACUUCACAGAGGAGAAAGUUAGCUGGGCAGCAGUUUGGAGCACAGAAAUGCUAGGUGGGUAGAUAAGUAUUGACUCUGCUGGUUCUCUGUGGGGCCCAGAGGGCUAAGUUGCUGUGUUGGCAUGGAAUGCUUGACCCACAACCCGUCAGGAUGUUUAUAGUUCUUUGAGACAUGGGCUAGUUGUCUGGCUGGGAUUAGAACCUCACAUUGGCCCUAAAAACAGAGUAUUUUUGUGUGGCUGAGGAAAGGAGGCAGGGAAACUCUGAGCCCAGAAGUGAGGUGGCUGGAGGAAAGGUACAGAAUAAGCAAUGAACAGGAAAGAAGUGCAAAGGAGGAAAAGAUGUGCAGAAACUUGCUUGAAAACCUGAUUCUGGUCCAGGCUUAAGGCUUAGUUCUUAUUUGUCUUUGAUGUACAAUCAUUUUCAGUAUUUUUAAACUGCCCCUUCAUCUAUGAAAUAUCAGGGAAAUAUACAAGAAAGAUUAGGUAGUCGUGUGUAUAUGUGUGUCGUAAAUUAAUGAAAGACUGAUAAAACUAAAAAGCAGACUAAAUAAUAACUGGCUUUGAAAUACGUUAGCAAAUAUUUAUGACCAGGUGUUCAACUGAUGGUAGCAAUGGUGCCAGCUGUACUUUUAUGGGGGUGGUUAUGGCGAUCUCAAGACACGGGGAGAGCUGCAGUUCACCAGGUAAUUUGUCUGAAGCUGGGCUUCCAGUGACAAUGCUCAUUCCAAGACUAUCCCUUGCCACCAAGCUAAAUUUAUAGUCUUUCAUGGGGAGUGCAACCCAUCUUGUACACCCAAUUGCUGGACAUGAGAACCACCUCCAUGUUGUCAUAUGCUUCAUCUUACUAGCUUACAUCCAGCCCACUUUGCAAAACCAGGCACUGGUCUGAACAGCCUCAUGCUGCCAUGUUACUACAAACACUUUGAUAGCCUCACCCAACAGCUGCUUAUAAAAUAUUUUAACUCAGAUGGACUAAGGUAAUGGGUGGUAUACAAAUACAAUUCAUCAUGUGGACAGGAUAGGACCCUGUAGCAUUCAGAAGCUUGAGCAGAAACCCUCCAAUCCUUUCUCAAAGUGACCCUGUAUAUUGGGGGAGGGAAGGGAAAGAUGCCUUUGUAAGUCCACUAAUGGCCAUGGCUAGAGGCAAAAGUAUGCAGAGCUGUAAAUGUGUCUCCCCACACACUCUAGGCUGGUUAUUUCACACUGACACUUCCCUCCCUAUCCUCUAUCCAGGUAAGGAAGAAGCACUGUCAGAGUUCAAGGGUACAUCCCAGCCAAGCAAAACAACUCAAGGGUGGUGUAAAACCAUGUGGGUAAGAGGUCUGGCUUAGGGGGAAAGCCUUGUACAGUACUGUAUUUGUGAUAAAUGUUUAUGCCUGGAUGAGGCUUCAAUCCCAUGCAGCUGGCCUCAGCAGGAUACUUCCCACCGAACUGCUAUAGAACCAACACCUAACUCCUAGAAUCUGAGGGAGACUACUGGGUCAUAAAUUCCUACUCAACAAAGACAAUUGGAAUGGGGCCGUUUAUUGCAUAAUAGAGUCGCAGGUCAGUCAGUUCCAGGUUCACAUAGCAGGUGAUGGGAAAGGCUCUGGGGUCUCUUGAGAGAUGCUAACAAGCUUGUAUAGACAGGGAAAGCUAGUUAUGUCAAACCUGGCAUAAGGCAGUUUCUGAAGUACUCUAAAAUUCCACCCAAACAUCUAAGCAAGUAGCUUGUAGGGCAGCGUUAGAAGAAAACAUUUCACAGCAAAACCUCUAUAUUGUGAAUAGUUUAUUAAAGGCAGAGUUACAAAACAUAUCAGUGCAGAUUUGUUCUUUAUCAACUGGCCUGUAAGAGGCAUAAUUUUUCCAACUUUGAGCUUUGUCAUAUUACAGGCCCUCCCACCCACUGGUGGGGGCAUGCCAUGCUAACUGGGUGCACAUGUUCCACUCCACUCAUUGUUAAGCAGCUUUAAACAAAGGCAGCUGGACACUGAAUUUGACCUAUUGCUAUUAAAGUAAUAAGGACACACACAAAAAAAAGUUUCUCCUAAAUUGACAACGGUGCCCACCAAGUUUUAUUCCAGAACUGAGAACACAGCCCAUAAAAUUUUCUAUAAGCUAUACUUGCAUGUAGAUUAUGCUGUGUCCAUACUGGCAUUGACUGCAGUUCUGGGAUAGAGCCUUACCCAUCAUCACUUGCCCUGACCUUUCAAGAGAAAAUUCAGGACCAGCACCCAUAAUUAAUUUCAGUAGAUAUGACAAUAAAGCUUUCUAACAUUUCAUGGUUGUAAAACAGUUUUGGAAUUUAAAAUACGCUCAGUAUAAAAUAGAAGGAAGUAAACUUUCUCUUUCCAUGACAGAGUGUUAAAAGUGUAUCAUAACUGCAUGGGACAGAAGCAAGGCGAGCAAUUGCUCUCGCUCUCUCUGCUCCCCACCCUGCCGUUUAGUCAGACAGACUCUCAAGUGCAAUGCUUCCCAAAGUGGCAGUGCUGGAAGAAGUUACUCUUGAACUAAUGUGGGACUGAUGCUGCUAGGAUGUAAAUUAUAAAACAUGGAGUGACACAGUGUAGCUAAGUGAGGGGAAUGUUACAAGUAAUACCAAGGCAGGGGCAUAAAAGAUCUAAUUUAGGUUAAAAGAGGGCCGUUUCUUGAAGUUUGAGCAGUACUUCUUAGUUCCUGGACUCCUUUGUUCUAGUGCAGCACUGCUCAAACUAUUGGGGGUUUCUCAGAGAGGUAAUCCAAACCAGAAGACAAAAUUUUCCCUUUGACAUU